UCGCGGAUAAAAAUGGCCGCAGUGUUGUUUCCGCAUUUGAAUGGUGUGGUGUAAAACGUUUUUCAACAUUUAUAUCGCGUUACUUUUAAAAAGAUUUUUUUAUCACAGAAAAUUUUAUCUAUAUAGGGACGUGCAUAAUUGGCACAAUGUCGGAGAGUACUAGCCCUAGUGUGUUAAGUUAUUUGCGACAAUAUAGAUUUCAACGAAAACCUACACCUGGUUCUAGUGGAACAAUCACAGUUAUAAGACCGUCAGGUUCUCAGUCUCAGAUAAGAAUGCCAGCUCCAACUACAUCAAAUGGUCCAAUUGUAUAUAAGAGAAUAAGGAUACCCGAUUCAGAUUCUGAUGAUGCAGGCUCCCCAGCAAAAAGACCGGUUAUAGUGGAACUAACUACAGCAAUAAAAGAACGAAGAUUUAGAAAUAUGGUUGAAAUGUUUCCAGAUAUAUCACCAUUGUUUGUUAAAAAUACAUUAGUUAAACAUGGCUGGAAUGAAGAGAAAACUCGUGAUGAGCUACUAAAGCAUGAUCCUGAGAGUGAUGAUAAACCAGCCACAUCCAGCUUCUUUGGCUCAAGGCCAGGGUUUUCUGGUGUAUCCAGGGUUAAUGGGACCACAAUAAUAAGGGUAACAAACAGUCAGGGGCAAACUGCUAUUGUAAGAAAAAAAGUCAUGCCUAAAGUUGGCGGCGUCCGACGAGGUAGUAGUGGUAGUGAGGAUGAUGACUACGGUGUUAGGAAAGGCAAAGACGAUAAAGUCUAUGAUAGUGAUGAUUCGGAUAAUGAAAUAACAGAUGAUCUCAUUGGAGACAAACGAAAAGUUUUUGAAUUCCUUAACACCAGCAGUUUCAAUGAACUGUCACUGCUUAGCGGUUGCUCACAAAAGAAAGCUGAGGCUAUCAUUGCCCAGAGGCCGUUCCGGGGAUGGUUAGAUAUGGUACAAAAAUUUAAUGACAACAAAAUGCUGAGUACAGAUCUAUUAAAUUCAACCCAAGAGUUGCUCUGCACUAGGAAUAAUAUACAACGUUUGAUGAAGAAAUGUGUAGGUUUAGCCCAACAGUUGGAGGCUGCCGUUGCUGCUGGAGCGGGAAGACUAACACAACCUGGAAUUUUAGAUUCUAGUUUAACGCUAGCUCCAUAUCAAUUAGUGGGUUUGAAUUGGCUUGCCGUGUUGCAUAAGCAGGGUGUCUCUGGUAUCUUAGCCGAUGAGAUGGGUCUAGGAAAGACAGUUCAAGUGAUAUCCUUCCUCGCACAUCUUAAAGAAACAGGACAAGCCAAGGGAACACAUUUGAUUGUAGUUCCUGCAUCUACUUUAGACAACUGGAGCACUGAGCUUGCCCGUUGGGUUCCCUCAUUCCGUGUGAGCAAAUACUAUGGCCCACCUGAAGAACGUCGCUUGCUACGUAUUGAGUACGCCAAACGACUCGACCAAUACGAUGUGGUCCUUACUACAUACACAAUGGUAAGCAGUUGUCCAGAGGAACGCAAGAUGUUUCGUAUAACACCCAUGCACUACGUGAUAUACGACGAGGCGCAUAUGCUCAAGAACAUGGCCACGCAACGGUAUGACAACCUGCUGAAGAUCAAGUCAAAACACAGACUGCUCCUAACCGGUACACCACUUCAGAAUAAUUUGAUAGAACUUAUGUCGCUGUUAUGCUUUGUGAUGCCUCACAUGUUCUCUGGAAAGACUGAUGACUUGAAGAAUCUCUUUCAGAAGAAUUCUAAGGCAAAAGCAACGAAAAAAGCGACUGAAAAAAAGGAAGAUGAUGUACCACCGUUUGAACAAAGCCAGAUAACUCAGGCAAAGCGUAUUAUGAAACCUUUUGUCCUUCGUCGGCUGAAGGCAGAUGUCCUUCAAGAUCUGCCAAAGAAAACUAAUCACAUGGUGCCUUGUGCCAUGUCUGAUAGGCAGCAAAAGCUAUACAAGGAACUUAUAGCUGCGUUUUCGUCUUCUAAAGAUGGAAUGGUUCACGCAACGACAGAACAGAGCGGCAUGUCAAUGAUGAUGGAUAUGCGGAAAUUGGCGAACCACCCACUUCUCCUCAGAUAUCAUUACCUUGACACCCAAGUCCGACAAAUAGCAGCCCGGCUGGCGAGGGACCCGGGGUAUAAAGAGAAGAACGAGCAGUACGCCUAUGAAGACUUGCUCUGUCUGUCUGAUUUUCAGAUACAUCUUCUGACGUUGCAAUAUCCUUGUAUCAAGUCCUUCUCAGUUCCCUCAAGUUUAAUAGAGGACUCUGGAAAAUUUAAGAAGUUGGACGAGAUGCUUCCCAAGCUGAAAGAGGAGGGUCACCGAGUGCUGAUAUUCAGCCAGUUUACCAUGAUGCUGGACAUCUUGGAACCUUACUUGCAGCUCAGAAGAUACCGGUAUAUCCGGCUAGAUGGCAGCACUGCUGUCAAUGAUAGGCAAGAAUUAAUAGACCAAUACAAUAGCGAAGAUAUUUUCGUGUUCCUUCUAUCGACGAAGGCUGGUGGAUUGGGGAUUAACCUCACGGCAGCUGACACAGUCAUAAUUCACGAUAUUGACUUCAAUCCUUAUAAUGAUAAACAGGCUGAAGAUAGAUGUCAUAGAAUGGGUCAAACUCGUCCUGUGAACAUUUAUAGACUGUUGAGUGCUGGCACAAUCGAGGAAGGCAUCUAUCAAGUAGCACAAGAGAAGCUGACCUUAGAAAAGCAUGUUACUGGAGUUGACGAAAACGAACCUACAGAGCAAAAGAACGUCGUACGUUUGUUGUCAGCUGCCUUAGGAAUAACAUCACCAACCAAAUGAUGUUUAAUAAAUGAAGCUAAAGUGACCUCAAAGUGAUAAAAAAUAUACAAUAGUGCAGUGUGAUAAAGUGCUUAUUCACUAUGUAGUGAAUAAAUAUUUAUUAACUGGGACUGUUUUGCGUUUAAUUAAAAUAAGAUUAUAGAUAGAAAUGUUGAAUUUAUUAUUUUACUGCCCAAUGUAUGUAUAUCUGUCACAGAUUAUAUACAAAAUUUAAUGUUUUUUGACUGUUCAUUGGAUUUCUAAUUAGAUUAUUUCUUUAGUGUUAAAAUGCAAAUUGAGUUAUACAAAUACUAAUACAGACAAACAAUAUAUUAAGAAGCCUCUGUAUUUAAAUUAAAAAUGUCGUAUGACAUCACACUCACUCACACACUUCGACACUCAAAGUGUUACAUCAUAAAAAGUAAAGCAGUCAAAUGCACUUUUAACAAUAGUAGUCUUUCAUCUCUUUCUGCCAUAAUUUCGUAUGUUGUGAUGAAAAGAGAUGGAUGAAUACUUGUAACACGGUAAUAAGACUAGUUUAAUGUUUAAAAUUGAAGUUUAAAGGAAUAUUUUUUUAGUUACAUAAGUAUCAUAAGACUCAAUAAAUUCUAUAAUUAAAAUCAAUUUGAAAUAUAAAUUGUAAAACAUUGUUCGGAUAGUUUUUUUUUUAAAUGGCACUAUCUCUGGUGAUUAAUAUAGUGAAGUUCCCACCAAGUGAUAUAUCAAUGUAUAGUGUAAAGUUAUAAUAAACAGCUUUUUAACAAUUCUCUGGUUUUCUUGUAGAUUUUUAGCUUAAUGACCAGGGGCUGGAUGGUUCUAUGUUUAUAUAGAGGCAAGUAUUUAUGUCUAUGCCCCCGAUCUAUGAAUGAACUGAUUUUUAACAGUUUUGUUGUUGAGAUAAAUAUAAAAUUAUUUGCAUUAGAGUUAUCAUGUUAAUAAUGACUAUUUUUAUAACAAACAAGGCUUUUAUUCAGAAACAUGUCUCAAGUUAUAAUCUGGUUUUCAGUAAUAUCAUACUUCAUGUUUAUAAAUUCCGGCAAAUGAGUUAAGGUUUGUCAAGUUUUUGAAUACUAAUUAAUUAUAUAGUUUGUGCACAUGAAAUGUUUAACAACUGUACUCGGAGUUGAUCAUUCAAUUAUCUCUAAUGGUAUAUAAAUAAUUUAUACCAAUAAAUGGUGCAAUAGAUAUCUGAAAAAUAACUUCUAAGAAACCAUUGCUCUUAUAGCUUCCGAUUGCAUCUAUAGUGAAUUUAAAUUUACUAAAUUACUUAUGUAAUAAUAUAAGUCGACUCCGAGUAUAGCUGAUAUUGAAGAAAACUUGUAAAAAGCUUGAAAAAACUAUUACGCAGUUCACAAAAUUAGGUAACACGAAAAAUAUUUAUUUCGAAUAAUGUGCCUUGGCUAUGGCCCAUAUAUCUCAUACACAUUAAAUACAGGGAGUAGAUUCAUAUUUAGUGAUUUUUGCAUAUGCCUCUGUACAUUCAAUUUUAUUCAUUUCACUUAUUAGCUCGUCCCGCAGAUUUCGACAAGUUCACCAUAUUAUUGUCUGUUGUUAACAUAGCUUUUAAACAUUAAAAAAACACUAUUUGAACGGAUUAUGAUUAACGGAACGAACGAAGCUAUGUAUUAUUAUUAAAAACUUAUAAUUAUUUACAUAAUUCUAAAUUUUAAUUUUUUCCGACGUUUCUUGUGCUUUUCAGAGUGCGUGGACACGGUAAUAAAGUUCACCAUAUAUUUAAUUACUAUCAGCGUGACUGUUUUAUUUGAUUAAUUUCAAAUAUAUAUGUAAAAACAGAAACAAACAUAAUGUCAAAAUUUGUAUUUGACGCACAGGAGUCGUAAUAAGCGUUUAGUCUUGAGAAAACUAAAAAACUUAGUUAUCCUGCAUUAUAAUAUGAAUUGUCAAUUCAAUAAUGAUUUUGUCAAAGUUACAUAAUUUAAUCUUGCAAUGUUAGCAAAGCAAGCCAAAGCUCUCAGCUCAUUUUUAAUUGUAUUUAAUUUUAGUUUUUAAGUAGUUCAAUUAAUAAGGUUCCUUAGUUUAAUAGAUAUAAGUUUUAUAAUUGUAUUGCAGUGUAUUUUGCAGUCUUUGCUUGGGUCUUAGCUCUCAAUUAUAUUCGCGACCUGUCCAAGCUUCGCAUUGCUGGACUUUUUGAAAUUUUAUGGAAUAAAUAUAGUCCUUGUGACUCAGAGCGUUCUAAUUGUGAAAGAAUUCUGAAUCAGUAAUUUUUGACUUAUAUCGUUACAAUCAUACAAAAAUACGAAUCGUUCUUAAAGUUUAGUAUAGAUACUAGUUUUCUACACUAGCUGAAACUAUAAUUUAAUGUAUGUAUAUUAUCAUUUAUAUACUAUUCACCUGAUACUAUUGUUUCUAAUUAUCGUUUACUAACGAUUAUGUAUUUGGUUAAGAGAUGCUGCCUGUAACGUUGGCUACAAAAAUGUAUUGCAAACUGUAUA